GCACAAGCCAGCGAGCGCGCCAACGUCGAGACUGCGCAAGUUGUGAACCUGUGCAUCGCAGCACGAGUGCGCGCAACUUCCAUUGCUGCAUCAAUUUCCAGCGUAGGAGCUGCAACAAAGCAGUGCUGCAGGCUGCAGCAAUGGCUGAGACGCCGCAACAAGACGACGACCCCUGGCGCCGCCUCCAACCAAAACGAGCGCACGUCGUCUGCGCGACGGACGAGGCAUUGAUAAGCGUCGACCUCGACGGCUACCAGCCGCGCGCGUCGCUGUCCAUCCCAGCACAACCCGCAUCCAUCACGGCGAACGGCGGUUUAGUAAUAGCAUCCAUGGCGAAGGAUGCAAGUAUCGCGGGCGGGCCCCUCGGCAAGAACGCUCCACAACUUAACUCUCGUGUCCCUGAGAAGUUAUCGUCGAUAACGGUGACGCCGGACGGGCUCUGGCUUUGUGGGGGCGGCGCGGCGUCGGGCCGAUUAUAUCUCUGGGAGCUCUGGAGUGGAAGACUAGCGAGAAGGUGGGAGGGCCACUUCCGCGGCGUCACCGCUCUUUGUGUAGACGAGCGGGGCGAGCACGUGGUCAGUGGCGGCGGCGACGGCUUGGUCAGGCCCUGGUGCCUAUCAAUAGCGUGCGACGCGGAGCGGUGCCGCGGCCCGCGCGACGCCUUUGCGCCUUUGUAUGAUGAUUGGAGCGACCACACGUUACCAGUCGUUGGUAUCGUGUUACAGGGCGGGCGGUGCUGGUCCGUCUCCAGCGAUAGGACUCUGUGCGGCCGCGAAUUAUAUGGAGGGCGCAAGGUCUUCCAGGCGUCGCUCGCCGGGGCGCCGUCGUGUCUGGCUCUCGACGCGCUCGACUCGUUCGCGUUGGUGGGCACGGCCGAGGGUCCGAUUCUCCGGGUAGAUCUGGACGCCUGGGCGCACGCCCUGACCAAGCGCGAGGAGCCCUCUCUCAACAUAGCGACCUACGACGGCCACUCCCAAAAAGUCGUGGGCGUCGUCGCUUCCAAUGAAACUCAAUUCGUGAGCGCGUCGCAGGACGGCACGCUCCGGGUCUGGGACGUCGCCGCGCGCCGCGAGGUCCGGCGGGUCGAGGUCGCGCCCGGCGCGCCGCCGCUGCGGAGCCUGGCGCCUUUGCCGAGCGCGACUGCGCCGCCCGUCGCAUCUAUCUUAAAGCGGGACGCCGACGAGGCGCCGGAUGACGUUCCCUGCGCGCUGCUGCGGCCGCGCGCGCGCGUUUCGGAACCCGCGUCCGUCGACGCGGCCGCCCUGCGCGCGCGCGCCGACGCCGCGCGGCGCGACGCGCAGCGGUGGGCCGCGGUCGCCGAGGCGCUGUGGGAGGCGGCGCCGAUGGAUGAUGCUUCUUAAAUUCGUUGUGUACUUAUGAAACCUCUGGAUGCGGCGGGGCAAUUCGUGUCUACUGUCACGCGUCGAGCAGGCGCUUGAAGAAGUGCUUGAAGAGCGUGGGGUUAACAUAUCCCGUCGAUUUUUAGGGUGUUUGCCGUUUUUAGCUCUCUUGGAGAUUAGGCGUUUUCAAGAGAUUCAGGCUAAAUCUAUUUUUCCGCUUUAAAAUUAAUCCAUUUUGGCUUACGAUUUUGCGUUUUGUGUCUGCGCGUUGUCGUCUACCCUUUUAAAGGGAAAGCGGGUUUUUUGAGUUUGGGCCGAGUGCCCCGUUUGAGGUCUCC